GUUUGCUGUUCGCACAGGAAUCGCGAAGAUGAGAAUGAUCAUGAGCGUCUGCGUUGGCAUUAGCGCGAAACAAACGGUCGGUUUGCGGACUAAAUCUUUCUGUGACCGCUACGAGAAUACCAAUACGUCGGUUGGUUGUGAUGUUUUCAUCUUACACAGGAUGUCUCUGUUAGUCCUCGUAGCACUCAAGAACGCUCAGCAUCAGCCCUGUACUCCACAACGCGUCGGACUGUGGCAUGAUCCUCGGUCAGCCUUCCCGCAAUAAAAAGUUCGGUUGGACGAGGCCUGCUACAAUUUGAUGUCGUUCAGUACAUACUUAUCGGUCUUGUCGUGGUCUUUCGGUUGCGCGUUCUGUGCAUAGUGGCGAUUUCUGUUGUUCCAGAUUUUUGAGGAUUUUUACGUCAUUUUCGUCGUGCCGUGUCGGUCUGAGUUUAUUUUUGAAACUGCCAGAGUCCUCUCUAUGUUUAUCUGCUUUCUCUUUCUGUCUCUCUGUCCGAUCGUAGCAGCUUCUUUCCAUCAAAAAUCCAGUGGUGAAUGGCAAUCUUUCUUUGACCAAAAGUCCCAAGAUGUCUAGCACCCAUUUUGAAUUGUUACUCCAAAUAACAUGAGGAUUGAAUAAAUACCUGUGCACUGUUUUCGUUUUCCCAAUCUUGUUUUCUGCAUUUCUUAUUCCCUCGCAGUAUCACAUUCACAGGGAAGAGCAUUCUCAGUUCUUCAGGUACACAUCGACCAGCACGAGAACGUUUUUGAUCCACCAUGUCUGCGGCUGAAGACAAGGAAGUGAGUGCCGCCGCGGACGGACGCCUAAAAAACGCCUUUAACUCUGCGGAACUCUCCUCCCACACGCCAGAGCAGGUCGAUUCCGGUCUUCAUCUUGCCGACGAAACUCACCUCCCUGGGCCGGCGAGAAGGCCUACCGCGUUUUCCGGCGGCGGUGCGUCAUCUGCGAGGAUUUUGUCAAAAAAGCAAGAUCCUCACGCUGAGACUUCUUCGGCGGACGAAGCAAGAACCGCUCAGCACUUUCAUCCCGGCGAAGGUGACCGUGCAGAUGAUGACAUUCGGCCUCGGAAGUUGGCGCGGCGCACCAGUCCGAGUUCCUGGAUAAACUACUCAACAAAGGACCCGGCCUCCUUCCUAACGAAGGCCUUUGGUUUCGCACUCGGAGACGAAGCGCAGCCUCCCGUGUUACGUCCAGGUCUGCAAGAAGAUGAACAAGAAACGACCCAAGCGCCUGUUUAUUUGCCAGAUCAUGUUGACCGGGUCGAUGCUGAGGACAACUCACUGGCAGGAGGACCUCAAGAGCGAUCUUCACCAGGGCGGGGAGCAGAUGAAGAUCCUCAGCGCAUGCAAAUUUCAGGUGGUGAAGAUUCUUUGAAGUCUAUGUCUACCUCCGCCAUCAACGGGAUGGUGAAAAGAACCGUCUCGCACGACCAGCAGCAGCAGUUCUCCGUCGGCCAAGUCGUUUACUCUGGUGUCUCUGACCACAUGUUGCUUUUCGGCGUUCUGGCGCUGUUUGUCUCCUUGUACGUUGUGCUUCGGAGAAUGUUGAAAGUUUUCUGCACCCGAAAAAUGCUGCAAACACCGCCGACAAACAUCAAAUUUGGCACGGCGGGCCCAAAGAGCAGGUUCGCGAAGUGUAAAAACCUGAACCCUAUCAACUUCGGCCCGUGGAAGAAACGGCAAAUAAAUAAGUCGAUCAGCUUGAGCGAAUCCGGCUCGGACUCUGAGUACGACCUCUCUGAAGCGGAGCAUUAUUCGCCCGUGUAAGUUGUAGCAGCUUCUUCGUUGCGGCGUUUCUUGUUGAUGUAGUGAAAAAAGAUACAAAAGCUGCUCUGUAAAGUAAUGCUGUUGCUGAUGAAUGUGUGUAGUUUCCAAUUCCCUCCUUGAUGUAUCAUUCACGAGCUGGAAGUGGAAAUGAAUUCGAAAACAUCUAUCGAAUCAUGCAGAUAUUUUGAUUGUUGAAACUUUGCUUACACACAAAACUAACUAACAAUCCACAUGUAAAUUCCUUGAAAAACAAAUCUCGGUAUCGCUUUCGUGCAUUUUCUCUCUGUCGUAUUGCUAUUGGUAUUCUCUCCUGCUUUACAAGCCCUAUUUUGACAUUUGUCAAGAUACAAAUGUGCAGGCGCAGCACAUUCUAAG